UUUUCUCUGCCGACCAAUGGGAUUCUUCAGUGGGCGGGGCUUGACCGCACCGCCUCAGGGCCCCAGCCUCUCUGUCAUUCCAGAGCGGAUUGUUGUUGUUGUCAAGAUGGAGUUCUUACUUGGGAAUCCGUAUAGCACCCCCGUGGGCCAGUGUAUUGAGAGAGCCACAGACGGAGGCCUGCAGAACGAGGACUGGACCCUCAAUAUGGAGAUCUGCGAUAUCAUAAACGAAACAGACGAGGGGCCAAAAGAUGCUAUGCGGGCUUUGAAGAAGAGACUGAGCGGCAACAAGAACUACAGAGAAGUGAUGCUGGCACUAACAGUAUUGGAGACAUGUGUGAAGAACUGCGGCCACAGGUUUCAUGUCCAGGUUGCCAACAGAGAUUUCAUAGACGGUGUUCUGGUCAAAAUCAUCUCUCCCAAAAUGAAUCCUCCAACUAUCGUGCAGGACAAAGUGCUGUCUCUUAUACAGGCCUGGGCGGACGCCUUCAGAAGCAGCCCCGAUCUGACCGGGGUUGUGCACAUUUACGAGGAGCUGAAGAGGAAAGGCAUCGAGUUCCCAAUGGCAGACCUGGACGCGCUGUCUCCCAUCCACACGCCGCAGAGGGGUACACCGGAAGUGGACCCGGCCAUGAUGAAGUACCUGGCCCCUGUCCCGCCUGCCACCGCGACCCCUAAACCGGCCCCGCCCACUCCCUCCGCCACACAAGUUAAUCAGAUGCAGAGCCCCAUCACUGCGACCCCUGAACAGAUCGCCCGGCUGCGCAGUGAACUGGACGUAGUGAGAGGAAACAUCAAAGUCAUGUCAGAGAUGCUAACUGAGAUGGUCCCCGGCCAAGAAGACUCCUCUGACCUAGAACUGCUUCAGGAGCUGAACAGAACGUGCCGGGCAAUGCAGCAGAGAGUGGUUGAGCUGAUCUCACGCGUCUCCAACGAGGAAGUGACCGAGGAGCUUCUGCACGUCAACGACGACCUCAACAACAUUUUCCUUCGUUAUGAGAGGUACGAGAGGUACAGGUCGGGGAGAGCAGCACAAAACAACGGGCUGAUGAAGAUGUUAAAUGAAGCUACAGAGGAUAACCUGAUAGACCUGGGUCCAGGCUCCCCUGCUGUGGUCACACCCAGGAUCACAUCCAGCCCUCCAUCCAGCUUCACUCCCGGGGCCACGGCUUCCCCGGGGCACAACCUUACGACAGCCGCGCUGUCCACUACACUAGCUGGUCUUGAUGUAGGGUCAAACAGCGUGAGCAGCACUCUAACGUCUAUACCGGGCCCAAACCAGGAUGACUUUGACAUGUUUGCCCAGACCAGGAGCAGCUCUCUAGCUGAACAGCGCAAAAAUGUAAAAUAUGAAGACCCUCAGGCUCUUGGAGGCCUGGCCUCUGCUUUGGAUGUCAGACAACAGAACACAGGAGGGCUGAGGGUAAAAGGGGAUGAUAACCCAGCAGAUCAGGAGCUGCCCAUAGACAGCUGGCUUAUCACCCAAGGAAUGAUCCCCGUAUCGCAGUCCUCUGUCAUGGAUGACAUAGAGGAGUGGCUCUGUGCUGACGUGAAAGGGGAUGGUACCGAGGAAGGGGUGACCAGUGAAGAGUUUGACAAGUUCUUGGAGGAGCGAUCCAAGGCGGGAGACUCUCUGCCGUCUCCCCCCGGGUCCAACCCCGCUCUCCCCGCUCGCCCCCCCAGCGGCGGCUCCCACAAGAAGGCUGAGCGGACGGAGGACGCCCUCUUUGCCUUGUAGACUGUUUCUCGGAGCGCCUCUCUCCCAGAAGGAACCCCUCGUCCCAUUUCAUCGCUGACUGGCAACGGUGUAGCAAGUGAUCACCACCCGCUUGUUGUUCUCUCGCCGUGUCGCUCAAACCCGCAGAGGUCCAAGAGUUUACUGCGCACUACGUCGUUGCGUAUUACUAUAAAUGGAUGUAUUAAUAUGUUAAUGUGGGAUGUACUAUUUGCAGUCUCAUUUGUAACACUCCACCAAAGGGAGACAACCAAACUUGUCUCGUGUGGUUUAAAAAUGUGGUAUUUUACUGCGGGAUUGACAUUUCAUUGCAUAUCCACGCAUCGAGUCAGUAUUGAAGCAUACAAUGACGGUUAGAUUGUAUUAAUUCACUACCCUAGCGUCUAAUUUAUGCACUUAUUUUGUUCUGCUCACUUUUUAAUUUUUUUAAUUUCUGCAAAUAUUCCGGUUAGGAGUUCUACAUAUGCUUUUAAUACUGAAACAUACACAAGGGUAGCGACACCUUCGCAGUUUGCUGAAAGCGCCGUAGAAAAAGUCUCACGUUAGCAGGCUAACUUUGCUAAAGGAAGUCAGGAGCAAAAGAAUAUUUAAUCACAACAGAACUGCCGGCAUUCCUCUAGCCAAAGGGAAUUUAGAACAAAAUAAAAAUUUAAAAAUCCGUGGAAAAAAAAAAAAGGCUUCUCAUUUAUGCAUUUCUAGUGGCUGAGGGGAAGGAACACGGCCAUGGAAUAUUUCCCCAUCUGUCUUUUUACUCCUCUGAAAAUGAAAAGCCGCAACACAUUAACCAAGUUGCUGCGAACGCGUUUAGCCAUUCCAAAGAGUAAUAAGGCUUUACUAGCUUUAACCAGUACGUUCACUUUAAAGUCGAACUAUAAUGACCUUAAUAGUAAACUCUGGGGACCGUGGACACGCUCCAGAUACAUUAACGUCCGUGCACUUUGAAGCUAAAACAAAUCUGUAUUUUGUCCUUUGCGUUUACGAGAUGGUGACUAUUUUUGUAGGGAAAGGGAAAUAAUCUUCAGAGUGACUUCGUUUUGCACGUAACUUUUCUAACUGCGUUGCCGCAGCGCUCGUCGGCGCGGCCGUGGGUUGGUGGGGUGGGGUGGGGUGGGCGGGGCAUCAAAACCCUUGAUUGCAAACAUGUUCAAAGAUAUUAGAAAUUCAGAUAAUGGUGUUUGAAUGACAUAGCACUGGCAUCAUAAUCAACUAACUUAUGAUAAUGCGCUGUUGUAAAAGGUGUAUUCACGUAGGCGGGUCUCGUCUCAGUUAACACCAGUUUGAUCUAGUGAUUAAAGGUACGUACCUCUAGUUACGAGACGUUCCUGUAGGAGAUUCAACAUGUAUUGGCUCAGUAAUAUCUGAACAUAUAUAUUAUGAUAUGACGUGUUAUUUGAUGCCCCUGUGUUUUUUAUAGUUCACAUGAAAAAAGAAAAGAAAGAUGUUUGUACCCUUCGUCGCUCCUUUUUAUCCCUGUGGUUGAAAAAAGUUAGAACUUUCUUUGAUUUGCGCAGGCAAAGAAUUAGUUUCGUUCUUAGUGUUUUUUUUGUUUUUUUAAGCCAGCGUGAUUCAUCCGCUGUUGUUUGAGAUGCCACCUGUUUGUUUGUUUUUUUCUGUAACCGAUUGCAGCAAAGUGGCCCUGACUGUCUUUGAAUCCUGUUGUUUUCAGUUCAUUUCUCUCAUUUAAGACCAAAAAACCUAAUCACGGUCAUUUGAGUCGCCCUCUCAAAGUUCUAACAGCCUAAUUAUACAUAAAUCUACCUAAUCACUAUGAUGUAUCUUAAUUGACGGAAUGAAUCAUCGCUGAGCUUUAAUUUUCUUUAAUGCUGCGUGGCUACAUGUGAAUAUGUAGGUUUAAUAUGGUUGCCAGGUAACUGAGAUAUUCAUUUUAGAAUCAACCAUCGUGUCAUUUCUGGGAAAACUUUAACCAUGCAGACGGAACAAUGAUACUAAAAAAAAAAAAAGGUAACAGGAGGCCUCUUCUAAAGGGAACUUCAGCUAUUUUUUCUGUGUUUGUGUUUAUGAUGCUUAAAUCCUGAUUGCAACAUGUAUUCCUCUAAAACUUCUGGCUACGCCGCAGCGGUUGCUGAAUGUCUUUAAUGCGAAUGAGGCGGGGCGUUCAGGGGAUGUUUUGCGGGACGUUGGAAAAAGGGUCUUGUUUUUCCGUCGCCAGCUGUUCCGUGUCUGUUUGGCUGUGCCGUCUGCUGCCAUUACCAGUGGUCAGAUUCGCGUUUGACCUGAUGCACAUAUGUAACUGCCCAAUAAAACACUAGCAAUGUGA